GAAAAUUUGGCGGUGCUGGUGGAUGAGAAUGGCAUCUAUAGUGUAGGGGGAACGGAGGCAGGAGCUCAAUCAGUCCGGCUGACCUCCCACUCCCUCUUUGCCGAGCCCCUUGGAAGCCGCCCACGGUUUCCCCUCCUCUCUGUGCGACCAUGUGGUGGACAGCAGCACUGACCUGACUGACGGACCCAGCCCAUCCCUGCUGCCACGGGCGGCGUGACCCUGCCUGUCUUUCUUUGCCCCUUUCGCUGCGCCCCUCCCUCUGUUUGCCUUGCCCCAUCCCAAUUCUGAAGAGCCUUCAUCCGACGCCUGGUCUCGUUUCUCACACAAGGGGCCGAGCGGCAACCGCACACCCAUCCCCCCCCACACAGGUUACACACACAAGUGGCACCUUACACAUCACGGUGAUGCUUGUACACAGAGGCCCCACUUUGCGUGUGUUGUCAGGGCGAUUUUUGACAGAAGAACUGGUUGCCGCGGGGCUCCUUUCCUCAUCCGUCCACGGCCGUGAGUGACAGCGGCCUAUCCCGAUUCUCCCGUUCCCUCCUGUCCGUCUGAGUGAGCAGCUGAUUACUGCAUUGACUGACCCAUCACGUAUGUCCGGCUCCGUCCAUCACCACCACUUCUCCGCCGCCCCUGCCGCACCGACAUACCUGAUGACGUCCGGCGGGAACCCAUACCCGACUGGCGGGCAGAGCACCAUGAUGGCCCCCAACCCCCCGCCGCCGCUGCCCAACCCGGUCCCACAGCCGUCGGUCGACGCAACAGCCCACCACCACCACCAGCACCAACACCAGCACCAGCACCAUUCUUCCCACCACACGACGGUCUAUCACGCGUCACACCACCACUCGCAUCAGCAUCAUCACCUCAAGCACUCGGGCAACAGUGGUGUGAGUGGUAUGGGGUCUCCUCGUGGCGGCGGUGGGGGUGGGUGGACGCGUCGCGGGCCGUGUCCGCGCGGCAAGGACAUCGUGCGAUUUUUGGAGGGGCAGGACAUAGAGGACUUUUACGCGCUAGGUGAGACGCUGAGCAUCAGUGGCGGACUCAACGACAAGAAGAGACCCACGCUCAAGGAGGUCAGUCAGCUACCUAGGGAGGGGAGGGGGCUUUGUGUCUCUUGCUUGUCGACCUUCCUUGUGUCUCUCUGACAGGCGUUUGAUGCCUAUGGCGAGGAGCGGAUCAUCAAGGUGGUCAAGAAGGAGAGCUUCCGCACGCCACUGGACGAGAAGAAAUGGUCAGUCACCCGAGACAUCCCCCCGCACCGCUCCCAGAUACACCAUACCCGACACCCCUGCCCCAUCUGCUGUGUGUCGACCAUCAGGCGUUACGUGCACUCGCGUUUGUUGCGUCUGCCGCCCCACGAGAACCUCCUUCACCUCAUCGAGAUUUUCGAGUCGGACAACGAGUACUAUGUCGUCAUGGAAAAGGUCACACGCACUGACUGCACUGCACUGCACGGCAUGAUCGAUGCACCGCGCCUGUGUUGGCGUGAGGGCGGGUGUGGUGUAUGCGCCAUGUGUGUGUGUGUGUGUGUGUGUGUGUGUGUCAGUGUCACGGUGGUGAGUUGUUUGAUUUCCUGUUGACGGCAAAGUCCGUCCCUGAAGAGGAAUGCAAACACAUCAUCAGACAGAUUCUCAAGGUACGGUACACACAACACACAGGCAUGGCAACCAACUCUAGCCCUUCACGUGCCACCCUCUCUCUCAACCCACGUACCCACCACCCACGCACACACCUGCCCCCGUGUCUCUGCCAUGCCAUGCAGGCGAUCCGCCACCUGCAUCAAUUUGGCCUCCUUCACAGAGACGUCAAACCAGAAAAGUCAGCUACCAACACUAGCAACCCCCCCCCUCCCCCAAACACACACACCAAUGAUCUUCCCCCCUGCCAGUCUGGUGUUUAAGAUUUCCAACAGCAAGAAUCUGCUCUUGCUGGAUUUUGACACGGUGAUCCCUUUGGACGGUUACGCCGCGGACAUCCUGGACGAGGAGCGGCGCACCGGGCCGCACCCGAAGCGGCUGGCAGGGACGCACGGAUACCUGCCGCUGGAGGUGUACGAGGGCUACCCCUUCGGCCAGCAGGUGGAUGUGUGGGCCGUGGGGGUCAUCCUGUAUAUUCUCAUGGCGGUCAGUAGGGGCACCAGACACACAUGCGGGGUGGGUGGGGAGACACAUGUGUGUAUGUGUGUGUGUGGCCACACAGGCUGUGCCGCCGUGCCCGAUGGAGCAAAUGACAAACUCCAAGGAAGCACUCGCCAUUCUCAGAAAGACCAGAGAAAAGGGGGUAAAGAGUGAGUGGAUGGCCGCCAACGGGCAGCUCGUGUGUGUGUGGAUGUGCAGAUUGACUGGACUCGUGGUCCGUGGGAGGAGUUUCCCGAGGCCCUCGACCUCUGCAAACAACUCCUCACUUGGGAACCCGAGAAACGACCCACGGCCGGCGACGCACUACAGCACGCAUGGUCGGUAGGGUACACACUUGGGGCGUGGGUGGUGACACAAACAAAAGACUGUCGUCGUUUCUCAUCCCAUCGAUGGAUACCGUCCGUCUACUAUAUAGGCUUUUGGAGACCGAGACAUCGAAUCUUCUGUUCCCUCCGGAGCCACCCCGUGCACCGAUCGAGCCGUCCGGCUGCUCACUGCCCGCCGCCUACCACCCCAACAACCCCACCGCCCGUCGCUACGGCUUCGUACCGGACCCAUCUGGUCCAUGCCCAUGCGUCUACUGUCGGCGCUCCCGGGCCAUCAAGGACGGCAUCCCCGAGCACGAAAUGGACGUCGAUGACGUCUUCGAGAAGCGACUCGGCAAGCGAGACAACACGCGCGCAUCUUUGGACAGAGGGGCCAGCACCGAGAUCGGCGACGACGCCCCAUCGGCGCUGAGGAGCACUGACCAGCUGUCGAGCGGGAGCCCGUCAGCAGCAUCCUCGUCUCUCCACCUCUCACAACGCUCCGUAGGUGCCGGUGCGGGCAGAGGGUGGAACCAGUGGUCCAACUGGCCAAAUCCACGAGUGCCGGGGAGCCCAUCAUCACCGGGACGCCCACCCAAAUUCGGCGCGCGGCCGCCGCCGUCGCCAUUACCGAUCGGCAAGAUCGCCCGCAAUCUUCGCCCGCGUCGGUCGGGUGCUGGUGCUGAUGCUGGGGGCGGUUCAAGCAUCGGGUCGUUACGUGUGUCUGGGUAUGAGGCUGGUGUCAGCAGUGGGAUGGACGGGUCGCCGGCCACGCACUAUGCCGGGAGAGGAGAUGGCGAGGACGUCUAUGAGGGCGCACAGCAGGAGUAUGCGGUAAGUUCCUGUAGACACACAGACGCCUGGAGAGGCUUCACACAUCAGAUCCACUCUUUCCUCGUGUCUCUGUCUGUGACUGCAGGAAGAUGACGGUGACUACGGCUACCACGAAUACGCCAACUCUCCCGGCAUGCUGAUCGACAACUCCCCCUCCCACGCCUACCCGACCUCCCUCCACGGCCACACCAACCACCCACAACACACGUAUAACCUCCGCACAUCGUCACGCAGCAGAGGCAUGGACCAGUCGGUUGCCGGCGGUCCGUCCGGCACGCUGCCGUACCCCUACAACAUGCCCAAGUCUGCUGGUGGUCCGAUGCACAUGGUGGGCUCGAAUGGGGACGGCGGACAGGGGGCGCGGAGCAACAAGUGGCUGCGCAUGUUCCGGGGCGGUGGGCAGUCCGGUGGACAGUCAAGAAGACCAUGAUAUGUACGUUGGGUGUCUAUGUAUGUGAGUGUCUGCCUGUCUGCUUGUGGGUGGCAUGGUAUGGCAUGCAUGGCCCUCGUGUAUGCGUGCCGUCGUGUGAUCGGCUGUGGGUGAGUUUGGCGUGUCCAUAUGCACGUGGGGUGGGUCGGUGGAUGGCCGUGUGUGCGUUGGGGGGGGUAUGUUCUGGUGGGCACUGAAUUAACAGAGAGCAACCAAGACAGACAGACACCGAUAGACAGACAGGUCCUUGUCGGGUGCUCCUCGCUCCUUUUCCUGCGAAGGAGAGACACCCUGUUUUUGCUUCACCCCCCGUCCUUGCCCACUCCCGCCCCUCUUACAUCCUUCCCCUCCCCCCCUCCCCCUCCCGCCCCCAGGCAGACCACCUUACUCUCUAUCUACCUCUUCCUCCUUUCUAGCCAAUGCUUUUGCCAAUGAAGUCACCCCAAAUGAAGUCACUCAUCUACCACUAUUACUCCCUUCCCUAUCUGUGUUUCCUACACAUGUACGUGUCCGUUUAUAUGCGUGUGUGCGUGUGGAGAUGGCGAGACACGUGUGCAUGUGUGUGUGUGCGCGUCGUUUGGCCGGUGGCUGGUAGCUAAUUCGGAGGUUGGUGGUUGGUGGUUGGUUGGUGGUUGGUUGGUGGUGUUGGGAGUGAUCUGUCUGUGUGCGUGGGGCAGCUAAGAUAAAACUGGUCAAGAAGAACGUACCAGUCAUGUUGCCGUGCCGUGCCGUGUGCAUAAUGUUCGUAUAUGUAUGUAUGUGCUAACGGACUGAAAGCUGAAAUAUGGCGUCUAUCGAUGUACCCGUACGCUUUUGGCUCUCUCUACUUCAUGGUUGGCUGGAAUGGAGUGUUGGAUGGACUUACCUUGGUCUCAUGCGCAUGGCGUCUCGUGACCGAUGAAGCAC